AUGAGCUCCUCUAGCUCAAACGUGGGAAAAGCUGCCCCUGCACCGUCUAGUUCCACAGCCAUCCAAGCAGCCCCGGCAUUAUCGAGCUUCGAAUCGUCUCGUCGCCCAUCACAGGCUGGCUCCUCGAACCCGCAAUCGAUGCCUCGCAAGUCACAAGGCGCCCGCAAACAACACCGGAGUCAGCGGCGACCUGGACUCGGUGACAGGUCAAAUACUGGCCCAGAUGAUGAAGAUGCUAUGGCCGAACUAAGGGCCUUCAGAAACCCAAACAGCAGGCGGGGCCAAACCUCAAUUACCCAUCUACUCAACUACUCAAUGCCACGCCCGGUACAGGAUCAUCAUGCACAUUCGAGAUCUUAUCGUAGAACUCCAACAUGGGGACCAGGCUCCGGUUAUCAUGCAAGCGACAAGGCUCGAUACGUCCAUGCCAACUACCGAUUUAUCCUCUCACCAGAAGGCACAUACAACAAGCAAGCUACAGAUGCCGACACGCACCUCGAUUGGUCUCUUGUCAUGCAAGUCAUUGCUUCAAGCGAGUCGCAAGGUUCAUCAUGCCCCAUCUGUCUUUCAGAGCCUGUGGCGCCUCGCAUGGCAAAAUGCGGCCACAUCUUUUGUCUACCCUGCCUCAUUAGGUUUAUGAACUCAAUCUCGAGUGAAGAUGAAACUAAGGGUCGCGGACCCAGGUGGAAAAAAUGCCCCAUUUGCGAAGAUUCUAUCUACAUGCAAGAUGUUCGGCCUGUAAGAUUUUACGCUGGACAAGAAAGUCCUUUCCCCCGGGUUGGUGACGACGUCGUACUGCGGUUAAUGGCACGGAAUGCAAACUCGACGAUGGCCCUUCCACGAGAGAGUGGUGCCGAGGCGCUGUACUCACAGGAUGACAUUCCAUGGCACUUUGCUGCCAAUGUUUUAGACUACGCUCGCAUGAUGAAAGGUACAGCUGAUUAUAUGGCAGCCCAGUUUGACGAGGAGAUUGCUUCGCUGGGCCAACAAGCUAAGGAGGACGAGACCCUCUUCGGACAGACUGAUGAAUGGUCCCAAAAAGCAAUUCGGGCUAUCACAGUCGCGAAAGAGAAACUGGCUGAUCUCCAGGUUGCUGCAAGCCCAGCCACGCCGGCACAACCCUCUUCAGACGCCGACUUCUAUUUUUACAGCUCCCCACCUCACCUAUAUCUCUCACCGUUGGAUAUCCGCAUCCUGAAGACCAAGUAUGGCUCUUUUUCUUCGUUUCCUUCCACGCUACUCCCCCGCGUCGAGCAUAUCUCCACUGGCCAUGUGGUCGAUGACACAAUGCGGCGAAGAGCAAAAUAUCUUGGCCAUCUCCCACGUGGAUGUGUCGUGAAUUUUUUGGAGUGUGAUUGGACCGACAUCGUACCAGAAGAGACACUGGAAUCGUUCGCAGGCGACAUUGAGCGGAGAAGGAGACGUAACCGUGACAAAGAGACACAGGAAGAGCGGGAGCGCCUGCAAGCAGAGCGGCUUGAAGCCGCGAAUCUGCGUAAGACUACUGGAUAUCAGAGGCUUCCUGAACCGUCGGAGGAGGAUAGGGCGCCUCGAAUGGACAUGGAGGAUUUCCAACCAUUGAGCGGGCACUCAGGCACCACGCCCCCGGAUUCCCGACCAGGAUUCGAGACAUUAGCUGAAAUGUCGACCAGCCCCUCGACACAAAGGACAGUCUGGGGCACGAGGGUGAUUAAUGGAUCACCCGAGAUAGCAUCUGCACGACCCUUGAACGUCAAUGACGGGUGGCUUAAAGAUGAGGAUCUGUUUGAUACGACUGAUCUGGCGAUGCAGAUACAGGCUAUCGAAGCUGCGGAGAGUAGUGUCAGUUCAAAUACUGCCGCCGGAGUAGGAGGAGGAAACGGCAAUGGUGCCGGAGGUAAGAAGAAGAAGAAACAGAAAAUCACACUCAUGAGCACUGGUGGCCGGAGAGGUAACUAG